AUGACCGAAAGAGAACGUCCACUGCAUGAGCUGCUCUCCAACUCUCUGGUAGACAUCUACGUCGGACCUCAAAACACAAAAUGGUACGUCCUCCAGCAUCUCACGAAACGUGCACGUUGAAGCUGCAGCAGUCCAUCGCACUAACGCCCCGAUUCCCACGUGAACAGGACCCUGCACGAGAAACUCCUCUGCCACCGCUCCAAAUUCUUCCGCAGCGUCUUCUACUCCAAAAAUGGCGAGAAGAAGAACCACAUGUACGGACUCCCGGACGAGGAAGAUGAGCCUUUCAAGAUGUUUGUCGGAUGGCUCUAUUCCGAACGCGUCCCUCCCCCGAAGGAUGAGAAAGACCUCUCCCCUCUGCUGGACAUGUACCUCAUGGCGGAGAAAUGGGAGAUUCGGCGUCUCAUUGUGGAAGUCCUCGAUGCCGUACGACGCUUCUAUCACGAGACGGACAGCUGGCCGAGUCUGAGGCGGGUGCAGUAUAUCUACAGCAACACGGAAGCGGAAUCGCCGAUGCGACAGUUACUCGUCAACUGCGUGGCGCGCAUGCUGGUUCUGGGCCAGGGCGUGCCGCAACACUGGGAGAAUGCUUUGCGGAAGAACGGACAGCUGGCGGUGGACGUCAUCCUCUGCGUGCAGAAGUGGCACUUCGACGCGAGCCAGGUGCCCGAUGCGCGGCAGGCAGCGGUGGAGGGGUUCGCGGAGGAGGCGGAGCGGAAGGGCAUGAAGAUGGAAGACGACGAGAAGACGCAGGUGAUGGAGAAGAAGGCUGACGGCGAGGAGGAGGAAGAUUUCGAUCCGGACAACACGCUGGACUGGGAGGGCAAUUUCUCGUAUGUGCUGAGUGGGAGUCACGAGCCGAGUACGAGGAGUCAGAGCCAGGCUGGCGGCGCUUGA